ACAAAAUUUAAUUUAAUCGCAUAUGCUUGUCUCGUGUGUGGGCGCUUUCAAAAGUUGGCAACUCUAACAACUGAAGCAGCAGAAGCAGCAGAGAAGAAGCAGAACAGCAGCAGCAGCAGCUCCCAAUACCACCACAAAAAAGCAUAAACAAAUUAUAAACAAGUAGCUGCAAGUGUCCGACAACAACUGCAACAACAACAACAGCAUAAACAUGGAGGAGCCAUCGGAUGAUGAGAAUUUUGAGCCGACGCCAAAGAAGAUCAAGCGGGAUUGGCUGAACAGUUAUUGCUAUUCGAACAAGGUCAUGGGAAUGAUGAAGAAAAUGGGUUACGAGGACGACAAAGGUCUGGGUAAGAGCAAUCAAGGUCGCCUCGAGCCCGUUAUUGCGGUACAACAGGAUGGCAGACGUGGUUUUGGUCUGAAAUUGGAUACUGUGCAUUGGUCGGCGGGUAAAUGGGAUCCACAGUGUGAGGAUCUCAAGAUUGUGGAACCUGUGCUCUGGCUGAGCAAUUUGGGUGAGAAUUGCAGUGCAUAUAGUGUGGAACAGUUGAUGGGUCAUCUGGUAACCGGUUCACGCAAACUGACGCUGGAUGAUGAAACCCAAUAUUGUGAUCCGGAGAUAUUGCAUCAUAUCUUGAAUGCGAAGAGUGUCUUUGAUGAUCUCAAUGAUACGGAGAUGCGACGGGCACGUUCCCGCUGCAAUCCCUUCGAGACCAUAAGGAGCUCCAUCUUUCUGAAUCGGGCGGCCGUUAAAAUGGCCAAUAUUGAUGCCAUGUGUGAGCAUAUGUUCACGGAACCACGUGAUGCACUGGGUCAAUCUCUAAUUGGAUCCAAUGAGCUGCUCUACUUUGCGGACAUGUGUGCGGGACCUGGCGGCUUCUCUGAAUAUGUGCUGUAUCGCAAAUCGUGGGAGGCGAAGGGAUUUGGUUUUACAUUAAAGGGAGCCAAUGAUUUUAAGCUGGAUAAAUUCUUUGCCGCAUCGCCGGAAUCAUUUGAUGCCUUCUAUGGCGACAAGGAUGAUGGCAAUAUAUUCGAUCAGGAGAAUCAGGAUUCCUUGAAUGAUUAUAUACGCAAACAUACACCUGAAGGUGUACAUUUUGCCAUGGCCGAUGGCGGUUUCUCCGUCGAGGGACAGGAGAACAUCCAGGAGAUACUUUCGAAGCAAUUGUAUCUUUGUCAGUUUGUAACGGCACUGAAAAUACUCCGCAUCAAUGGGAGCUUUGUGUGCAAGCUGUUUGAUCUGUUUACACCCUUUAGUGUGGGUCUGGUCUAUCUGAUGUACAAGAGUUUCCAUCAAAUAGCCAUUAUUAAACCAAAUAGCAGUCGUCCAGCGAAUUCCGAGCGUUAUAUUGUCUGCAAGAACAAAUUACCGGAGACACAGGGUAUUAUUGAAUAUAUGAAUGCCAUUAAUAAGUUCUUGAAUGAGGAGAGUCAAAAUGAGGACAGUGAACAGCAGCUGGAUGUGCUGGAGAUCUUUAAUCGCGAGCAAAUGCAUCAGGAUGAGCAAUUCAUACGCUAUAUCAUUGAAUCAAAUAAUACUAUAGGCAAUACACAGAUUGUGGGAUUACGCAAGAUAGCGGCAUUUGCUCAAAAUCUGGAAUUAAAGGAAGUGCGUCAAUCGGAGGUGCGACAGGAUUGUUUAAAGACCUGGGGAUUACCCGAUAAAUUGCGGCAGGCGCCGGAAGUGAAGACCACAGAACGUUUGCUGGAAGAACUCUUGAGAGAUUGGUCCAAGAACAGGGAUUGGUUAAAUGGUCCUGCUACGGAGCUAUAUGGCGUAAUGCCAUUGCAUAAUAGCAUCUUGAAUGUGGAUGAUUGGCAUUUUAUGCCCAUUGGACGGGGAGAGACAAAUAUUAAUGGUUGCACCAUCUUUCUAUGCAAAUCCCGUGGGAAUCUAUUGCGCUAUACGGAGCACCGCAAAUGGGAGCUGGUCGAGACGAAUUUCAAUGUGCAACCACGUUCCAUAUUCUUUGGCGAGAUUAUGUUUGAGUUUAGCGGACAGGGACGCACCUCACAAUGUGUUUCGGCCCUGCAUAUAAUGGAUGCUAUAUGUUUGGGCGGUGUGGACAUUAGACGUCGUCCAUUUCUGGAGCGUGUGAGCAUGUGCGCCAAAUAUGCCAGCAGUUUGAAUAAGCCAUAUAAAAAGGAACGCACCUGUGGUGCCAUCCGAUGUCGUCCCAUCUUUAGGCUGCGUGAAAUGGGGCGUUUUUUCAAUGAGAUGCGGCAAUAUGUGCUCAAGGAUAAUUCACAGCGCUAUGGUUAUGUGCUGGAUGAUCAAAAGUUCUUUGUGCCCGGCGGCAUUAUUUUGUUCUGUGAAAUGACACAGAAUUUUGUGACAGCAUUCUCCAGAUCACGCCAGCAGAUCUAUUAUUAUAAUACCAAUACGAAGGAAUCGCUGUUCAAGGAACAAAUUGAACCGCGUAAAUUUAAUGAGGUAUUUUCAUCGUUUCGUCAUUGUUAUUCGCGUCGUUUGCUAUGGAAAUGGACGAGCACGUUGCAGGUGGAUGAGCAUGCCUCUGAGGAUAAUCCAAAGAUAUUAUAUCGCAGCCACUUUGAGCACUUUAUACGAAGAAAACUGACUAAUCAUUAGAUACAACCUAGACUUAAGUCAAAUUUUUAAAUGCUGGACAGAAGAAACAGAUCUUUACGUUUCGAUUCGGCUCGACGCAUGAAAUUAAACCUAUCAAAUUUAACCUACUCCAUAUAUAUAAGCUAUAUAUAUACAAAUAUAUAUAUAUAGAUAUACUAAUUAAUUUUACUUUCAUAACAAUUGCAUGAAUCGUUAAGAAAAUUUCUAUGAUUAAGCUACAAAAACAACUUACCCAAUUUUAAGCAAAAUUUGUUUAUUUUUUUCUUUGACAUAAGUUUUAGAUUUAAUAUUUUUGAUUUUUACUGCGUCGAUCCGUUUUACCAUCUAACUGUUAAAUAAAUAUUAUGAUAAACCUGUACAUUAUGAAAAUAGGUUGAAUAUUACUUUAUUCUUACAGCCCCGAUAGAUCCUACACAUCUUAACUAGCUGGAAAUUGCCUAUGUAUUUUAUGAUAAAUCGAAAGCGCCAUCUACAUAAAUAUUUAAGUUGUUGACACUAAAUUGCCUUUAUUAUUAUCAUUUCAUAUGGUUUGUUAUUUGUUGAAUUAAUUAUGCAGAAAUAUUCGUUGUAUCCUGUUCUAUUAUGUGUAAAAAUUUCAUUGCUUGAGAAUCAAAAGAUUUAUACUGAAUUUAA